GUGGCAGGCGCUCGACGUUGCGCCGUUUCCGCAAUUAAAUUGCACGGGAAUUUAAUUUCUGCGUUUCUCGGCCUGAGGUCCGGAGGACGCGAGCGAAGGUAGCGAGGGCGGCCUAUCUGUCGUAGGACCUGCAGCGACGAUGGACAUGAAGCGGCGAUUGUUGCGCGUGGACCACCUCCCGAUGAUGGCGCUGCAAUUGACCGAAAGCAAUUCGCUCGAAAUUCGUACCCCCCAUGUCGAGUUCCAUCCACAUGCUGUGGAUGUGGUCGAGACGGGUAGCGCAUUCAAGUUGCAAGAAGUAGCAGCAUCACCGCACCUCGUCAAGGAAGACGCGGCGAGAAAGAAGCACAUCGGCAAGGUGGAACUGGAGGCGUGUUUGGUCGGCACGGAAUUCCAAGGCCGGUUUCCAGACCAAGGCGCGCUGCUGGGCGACGUGUACGACGACGUUCCCGACGAGUCCGAUGAAGGGGUAUACGAUGCGCUGGAGAAGGCAUACAAUGCCGCGUUCUCGAACAGCACGAUGGACCGCGUGGAGCGGGAUCGCAAGUUCCACCAACAAGUGGGACAGGUGACGCUGGCGCACCGUGCUCCUCACCAUCACCUGCCGAAGCGGCAGUCGACGUCAGAGAGCUUUGGCGCGUGGAAGGAACGGCUUCUCGAAGGCCGCAAGGAUGCGAUCUUUGCCGUGCUCAAGUCCAAAGCGCUCGACGACCUCAACGACUACCGCGAAUACUUUAUUCAGCAGCACCAACGGAAGUUGAAUGCCAUGCGCAACCGCAAGCUCGAACUCGACGCGUCCGACGUGUGGCGGGACGACAUCGUAGGCACGUCCGCCGUCGAGACCGCGGCGACCCACUUGGACGAGCGCUUGGGCCGUCGCAAGGCCGCGCUGCGGGACCUGGCCGCGCGGUGUCGAGAUUUGCAGCUGAAGCGCCAGACCAGACCCCAAUCGAACGACUCGCUCGGAGAUAAUGCAACCAUGACGAAGGGUGAUGAGAACUUGUCGUCACCGUUGCCAACCACCACGAGCAACGGCCACAACCCCAUCAUGAUCGCUCGGCCAAGGGAUAUCCUCGCCGACAACGCCAAGCUCGUCCAGUACCUGAUAGAAGAAGCCGAUGUAUUCGUCGACUUGCUGCUCGGCAGCUCUCCUCGACCAUCCAUUGCUAACCAUGGCCCACACCAAGAGGCGACUAAUAUUGCCGAGACCAACGCGAGCAGACUGUACCGCGACCACGUCGACGAUUUAGCUGAAUUCGACGCCGACUGCAAGCUCCGGUGUCAUCAUCGUCGCCACGUGGCCGACCUUCCAACUCUGCCAAACGAGUGUCAACGAGCGCCCAUCCUGAUGGACGUGUCCAAUCCAUUCCAAGGCAGUUCCACGUGGGAUUGGGUACAGACUGGUCAAAAGAGAGCCUCUCGGGAGGAUCCAUGGAACACAAACAUCGACACUCGCUGCGACGACCUCCAUGAUCAUCGUCGCAUGGCGGCGCUGUCCCACCAAGGCGUGAAUGGCCUCCUUGUAUUGGGCAGCCCGACGACCUACGAUCAAAUGGUCGCGUUGUUGGUGGGGGGCGUGGCGUCGGGCCCGCCGUCGCUGGUUGUGACGCCGCAUGUACUCGAAUGGGAAGCCGCGUUUGCGUCGUCGUCGUCUGUGCGAGUCGUGUCGUACUGGGGACGCCCCGACGACCGCAAGCUGAUGCGGACGAUGUGGCGACCCCCCAGAGUGCACGUGGUGCUGACCCAUCCCCAAACGCUGGAGCAAGAUGCCGCGGGGGACUUGGAGUCGGUGCUGUGGCAGGUUGUCACAUGCGACCAUGCACCCCCCCGACGACCCGUCGACGACAAGGAGGACGGGUACCCGUCGCCGCCGUGGUCGGGCCGCGCCCUCGGCCUUCGCUGCCGCCAGAGGUGGCUCAUGCUAUCUACUGAGGCAAAAGUGGACUUGAGGCUAUUGUUGCAUUUCGUCGCACCUGCGUUGUUCGACUCGAAGCAAAAGACUAUGGCGUGGGGCACAGCUGCGCUGGACGACGUAGCCGUCCACUCGCUUCGAUCGAUUGUGCAGCGCGUGUGCGUGGGGCCGUCCGAGGCGCUGGACGAAGCGACGCGGCACACGCUGGACGUGACUGCCGACGAGCGCGCGGUGCUCAUGGCGUUGGACUCGACGCCCUCGAUCGAGUACGUGCUAGCGACGCCGUCAAAGGAGGGCCCAUCUGAGAUGGACUACUUGGAAAAGUACAAGCGGCGGAACUCCCACGCCAAGAUCGUCGUGGACACCAAGCGACUGAUGCUGCGGACCCCCACGACGCCCAUGCUGUUUGAGACUCCGUCGUCGUCGAUCGAGCUGUCGCUGCCCAAACCCACCGUUGUCGACCCGAAACUCAUUGCAUGCAAACACUGCGCCAAGACCUUCAUGACGUCGAGCGGGCUUCUCAAACACACCAAGUCGGACCAUGCCCCGCCAGGCACGUGGACUUGCCGCAAGUGCGGCGUCGACUGCGGCACCAUGGCCCUCCGCAACGCCCACGAGCGGCAAGAGCACGACGAGUCGAUUACACCGGCCAACAAACCCACAGAACAACUACUGGUCGCUGCAACCACGUGGACGACCCCCGCCCCCCACACCCCCGGCAGCGCUGGCAGCAGUGCAUCGGCGAAACCGUCGCGCCGAUCGACGGGUGGCGGCGGCGGCAAGAAGCGCGUGACGCGGUGUGGCAAGUGCGCCGGGUGCGUUUCGGGCGACUGCAUGGAGUGCGGGCACUGCCAGGACAUGAAAAAGUAUGGCGGCCCGGGACUUCGCAAACAGUCGUGCAAGAACCGCAAGUGCACGAACCCCCAAGUGCUCGGGUCCGUGGGCGGGGACGACGACUCGUCCAAAGUGCGCGUCGAGUUUGACGAGUCGGAAUCGUCGGGCGAGUCGUCGUCGGAGAGCGCCGACCCGCGACGAGACUCGAUCGACCACUCAAUCGACGACGGCGAUGCCGACGACGACGACGACGACGACGCCCCGAUCAAGUCGCCCCACGCCGCCAAGUCCAAAGCGAGUCGCGGUGCCGCCAGCCGCACGCGCGUGAUGCGGUGCGGGGUGUGCGUGGGCUGCGUCGCCGGCGACUGCCUCAAGUGCCGGCACUGCCAAGACAUGAAGAAGUACGGCGGCCCGGGACUUCGCAAACAGUCGUGCAAGAGCCGCAAGUGCGUCACGCCCAAGGUGGUACUGCUCAACCAAGGCCAGGAAGACGGCGACGACGACGACGACGAUGACCUUCUGUACGACGAGCCUCACCACCAGCACACGCCGCGGUCGAGUACCAGCACGACGACUUCUUCCGCCACGCCCGCCGUGCCGCAUCCGCCGACGACGACGACUCCGUUGUGGGAGAUGGAGACACUGGUGGAUGCCGCGUCGGCGCUGGCCCCGUCGGUGCGACUCCAAGCGCAGCUGAACCGGUUUCUCAAGAUCACAUGCUUGCGAUGCAAUGCCAAGUUUCUCAACCAGAGCCUCAAGAGUGUGCACGACGCCGUGGUCCACGAACGACACGCCACGUCACUGUGGCAACGCACGUUUGUCCGCGACCGGCUCGCGACGCUGCAGUUCCAACAUACGCUCGUGGCCACAGACCCCCGACGAAAGAAAUCGCUCGAGUUUGAACCCGUCGGCUACGCCAAGCUCGUGGGACCAGGCCUGACGUACUACAUGCUCCGGCCGCAAGCGACCUUGGGCCGCGUCGGGUCCGAGUGGAAGGACAGGUACCGCACCAUGGGCGUGGACCUGCGGCGGGGGUUCUCGGGCGGCGACGUUGACUGCCACCUCGGCGACGACCUCAUGAUCUCAGCGCAGCACGCCAAGAUCCGGUGGGACGUCCGCCGCCAACGGUUUGUCAUCGAGUGCCUCAGUGUGCUCGCCCCGCUGUCGGUCAACGGUCUCGAAGUCACGUUUGAUAUGGCGCCGUUGCCGCUGGCCAGCCAAAGCCUCGUGCAAGUGGGUGCGUUCUACUUCUUCUUUCUGCUGCCGGUGGCAUCCUCCAACAAUCAUCCCCCGUCGAUUGCCGCGGACAUCGCACAGACCUCCCGACACCGCCAAGGCCUGCCACGCCAAGAAGUGUACGCGUGGCUCGCGCACAAGCGCGCGGCGCUGCGGCUUUCGCGACUCCAGCAAGACCAGGAGAGUCAUAUCAAGCGGAAGGGGGACAGUGUCGACGACACAGCACUGAAACGACGAAAAGUGAAUCCCCACGCAGGUGCUGCUUGUACUACCGACAUGGGCAGUGGCGAACUCGACCGGAGGACAGCCGCGUAGUAGAAGGACAUAGUGCUGAGUGUAGCAUGUGGGUUAACAAGAACGUCAUGUUGUUUUGAUUCGGGUGUUGCUUAUAAUAGUACUACCUGAACGAACAUGUGGAGGAUGUGGUGUCGGAUGCCAGUUGUUGCACGCUGGUACGUCGACGAGCUCUCCAUCGCCGACGAAAGUACACGAGAACGGCCGCCGCCACCCCGGACAAUGUGCCUGCAGCGAUGGCGGUUUGGAUGCUUCGAAGCAAGCGAAAGGAGACGCCCAUAGCCACGAAUGCGGCGACGCGGCCGAUCCAUUCGUCUGCAUUGCCAUUCAAGAGGACAUGGGGUCGGAUGAUCUCCCUGUAGACGCGCUCCGUGAUCGCAUGCCACAGCAAGUCCCAUCGGAAUGUCGACACCAGUUCGUCCAUGGGAGUUGGCG